UUGGAAGGAGGUCGUUUUUUCAAUGCCGACCAGAUUUGCUCCAAGGAUCGGCCUGUUUUCUCUCAUGAACUUGACCUAGCUUGUCCUAAAGGCAAGUCUACAACUCUAAUCAUAACGAAUUUACAAGCCCAUCGAGCAGUAGAAGAGGCGCCACGUUGUAAUGGUGGUGUUCCGAUUCCCGAAACUGAUCGCAUGUACCAUCCACCAGCCUUAUUGUGUUUUCUGCGUAUGUUCCAUUAUGUCACGAGCGGAAAUCGUGACACGGUCAACGACAGGGUGCCUAGUCCAAGAUAUACAUACAACUCCACCCAAUCCUUAUAUGAUCCACAGCAACCUGAAGGAUAUCUUGGUUAUCGAUCCAACUUCUCGAACCGAGGCCGUGGAGGUAGCAAAGCUGACAUCGGCAGAGCACCAUCACCAGUUCGAUUCAAACGCACGUCUCAGAUCCAGAAAAACGAGCGAUCAUCGAUGCGCGCCGAAGGGGGCCAGCGACGAAAUGUUGGCAAUCGACGAAGGAACGAUUCUAUCAAUAGCACACAAAGCGAAUGUCUGCCGACAUCGGUUGGUUACCGUUCGUUCUGUUUGAUUUGUGGUGUAGCGCAUCACCAGAAGGUGCAGCUUUCAUGA